GCGGUGCGGUGCUGGGAGCUGCCGCACCUGCGGGGAGCGCAGCCGCCACCGCCCGACGCGCGCGCUCUCGCGAGACCCGCGGAGUCACGUGACGUCAGGGCGCGGCGCAGCUCACGUGACAGGCGCUGCUGGCCGCGGGGUCUCUCUUUCGUGCCGGCGUCGCGGUGGCUCGGCCUCUCGCGUCCGGGAACGCCGCGGUCUCCCGCGCCCGCCCUUGGCUCCCGCGCCCCGCCGUCGCCCCCGCGCCCGGCUUUCCCGCGGCCGAACCGCCUCCGCGUCCCGGCCCCACGCACCGGCCCCGGCCGCUUCGCGCCAUGGCGGCCCCCGGCAGCGCCCGGCGGCCCCUGCUGCUGCUGCUGCUCGGCCUCCUGCAUUGUGCGUCGUCAGUGUUUGUGGUGAAGAAUAGCAACGGCACUGCCUGCAUAAUGGCCAACUUCUCUGCUGCCUUCUCAGUGAACUACGACUCCAGGAGUGGCUCUAAGAAUGUGACCUUUGACCUGCCUUCAGAUGCAGAAAUGCUCAACAGUAGCUCCUGUGGAAAAGAGAACACUUCUGACCCCAGUCUCGUGAUUGGUUUUGGAAAAGAACAUAUGCUAACCCUCAAGUUCACGAGAAAUGCAACACGUUACAGUGUCCAGCUGAUGAGUUUUGUUUAUAACUUGUCAGACACGCACCUUUUCCCCAAUGCAAGCUCCAAUGAAACCAAGACUGUGGAAUCUAUAACGGACAUCAGGGCAGAUAUAGAUAAAAAAUACAGAUGUGUUAGUGGCACCCAGGUCCACAUGAGCAACGUGACCGUCACGCUCCGAGAUGCCACCAUCCAGGCGUACCUUUCCAACAGCAGUUUCAGCAGGGGAGAGACGCGCUGUGAACAAGACGGGCCUUCCCCGACCACAGCGCCGCCCGCACCACCCAGCCCCUCGCCCUCACCCAUGCCGGAGAGCCCCUCUGUGAACAAGUACAGUGUGAACGGCACCAACGGGACCUGCCUACUGGCCAGCAUGGGGCUGCAGCUGAACCUCACCUACGAGAGGAAGGACAACACGACGGUGACAAAACUUCUCAACAUCAACCCCAACAAGACCUUGGCCACCGGGAGCUGUGGCACCCACCUGGUGACCCUGGAGCUGCGCGAUGAGGGUGGCACGGUCCUGCUGUUCCAGUUUGGGAUGAAUGCAAGUUCUAGCCGUUUUUUCCUACAAGGAAUCCAGUUGAAUACAACUCUUCCUGACGCCAGAGACCCCACAUUUAAAGCCUCCAACAACUCCCUGAGAGCGCUGCAGGCCACCGUUGGCAACUCCUACAGGUGCAACGCCGAGGAGCGCGUCCGCGUCACCAAGGCGCUUUCCGUCAACAUAUUCAAAGUCUGGGUCCAGGCUUUCAAGGUGGACGGUGACCAGUUUGGCUCUGUGGAGGAGUGUCUGCUGGACGAGAACAACAUGCUGAUCCCCAUCGCUGUGGGCGGCGCCUUGGCGGGGCUGGUCCUCAUCGUCCUCAUCGCCUACCUCGUUGGAAGGAAGAGGAGUCACGCCGGCUACCAGACGAUCUAGCCCGGUGCAGGCACAGCGGCUGCGGGCCUCAGUCCUUUCCCUGGCAUAGGGUCCUGUUGAGGGAGGCACACUUUCUGGCAACGUUUCUCAAAUCUGCUUCAUUCAACGUGAAGUUCAUCUUGCAGCAUUCACUAUGCACAACAGAGUAACUAUUGAAAUGACGGUGUUAAUUUUGCUAACUGGGUUAAAUAUUUUGCUAACUGGUUAAACAUUAAUAUUUACCAAAGUAGAACUCUAAGGAAGGGUGGGAGCGCUGCUCUAAAUUGGCACUGGCUCAGCUCUCGUUUGACUUUAAGAUUCUGGUGUUUGGUUUCUUGGUUCUUUACUGCACUCAGAUUGAAGCCUUACAAAGGGAAAGCCUCCGGCCGUCACGGGUGGGACGCAUGAAGGUCACUCACAGUUUCAACAGUAGAGAGGGAAAGUCCUGAGACAGACUCCAGAGAUGAGCGUCUCAAGUGCUCCAGUUCAGCUUUAAAGGCCACACGCGGCUGGCGCCCUGUCCCCAUUCUACGGGCGGCACUCGGCGGCACAUCCUUGGGCGUUUCUGAUGCUCUGCGGCUCAAGGGCUGGCACUUUUUUAACUAUAAAAAUGGGUGUUAUUUUUAUGUUUUUUGUAAAGUGAUUUCGGUCUUCUGUUGACAUUCGGGGUGAUCCUGUUCUGCGCUGUGUACAAUGUUAGAUGCGCUCCUGGUGUGUCGCCGCGGCUUGGGGGUUGUACACAGCAUUGGCUCACGUAACGCAUUGCCUGUAACAAUGUAAUAAAAAGCCUCUUUCUUUUUUGUC